AUGAUAAUGAACAUUGUUAAUAUUGUUUAAUAAAGAUUAAUAUUAUAUAAAUUUAUUUAUAAUGAGGGCACAUCCAGCAUGGGUUGAUAAAGUUCAAGAUAAAUUAGAACAAUGUAUAUAUGAUUUAUGUUUUAAUCCUGAUGGUACACAAUUAGUCGUAGCAGCAGGACAUCAAGUUUUAGUUUAUGAAACUACUGGUGGUGCUUUGGUACAACCAUUAAAAGGUCACAAAGAUACAGUUUAUUGUGUAUGUUAUGCAAAAGAUGGUAGAAGAUUUGCAUCAGGUAGUGCAGAUAAAAGUGUCAUUAUAUGGACUUCCAAAUUAGAAGGAAUAUUAAAGUACUCACACAAUGAAGCUGUUCAAGCGAUGCAAUUUAAUCCUGUAUCACAUCAGUUACUCAGUUGUUCCCUUUCCGACAUUGCAUUUUGGUCAGCUGAACAAAAAGCGGUACAAAAACAUAAAUCUGGUGGAAGAGUUAAUUGCUGUGCGUGGACUUUGGAUGGCCAAUAUUUAGCCAUUGGUUUAGCAACCGGUUAUGUUUCUAUCAGAAAUAAGAAUGGUGAAGAAAAGAUACGCAUUGAAAGACAAACAGGUGUACCCAUCUGGAGUUUAGCAUGGAAUCCUUUACGGUAUGAUUGUAUCAUACAAUUUGUAUGUACAAAUAUGUACAAUACGCUGUAUAAAAUGUCUUUCAUUUACAGGGAUGAUGUCGCAGAUAUUUUAUGUAUCGCAGAAUGGAAUGGAAUUAUUUCAUUUUAUACAAUCAAUGGAAAACCUAUUGGAAGAGAACGAACAGUACAUUUUACACCUUUAAAAAUUACAUACUUUCCUGAUGGUCAAUAUAUUCUUGUUUCUGGUAGUAACAAACAAUGUCUUUUAAUGACUCAUGAUGGUAUACAACUUGCUGUUGUUGGUAACACGUUUUCUUCAUGGGUUUGGAGUUGUGCGGUUCAUCCAUCUUCUUCACAUGUUGCACUCGGUUGUCAAGAUGGAACAAUAACUUAUUUACAAUUAUCGUGGAACGUUGUACAUGGAUUGUACAAAGAUAGAUACGCUUACAGAGAAAAUAUGACUGAUGUUAUAAUCCAACAUUUAGUAACGAAUCAGAAAGUUCGUAUCAAAUGUAAAGACUUGGUUUGUCGUAUCGCUGUAUACAGAAACAGACUUGCUGUACAGUUACCAGAACGUGUAAUAAUUUAUGAACCAUCUGGAAACAGUGAAGGAAUGCAUUAUCGUAUACGUGAAAAACUGAAUCAAACAAUUAAUUGUAAUUUAUUAGUUAUUACAACAAAUCAUUUGGUGUUAUGUUUAGAAAAACGAUUACAAUGUUUAUCUUUCACUGGUAUUGUUGAAAGAGAAUGGAUUCUUGAUGAUCUUAUAACUUAUAUCAAAGUAGUGGGAGGUCCUGCUGGUCAGGAAUGUUUAAUUACAGGUUUAAAAACAGGACACGUAAUUAAGAUUUAUCUGGAUAAUCCAUUUCCUGCACAUUUGGCAAAAGUAGAAGGAUCAGUAAGAUGUUUGGAUAUAAGUUCUUUAAAAGAAAAAAUGGCGGUUGUCAGUGAAAAUGGAGUACUUUCCAUAUUCGAUUUAUACACGGAAGAAAAAUUACAAGAUUUUCAAGAUGUUACAAGUGUUGCUUAUAAUAGUGCUUCCGAAGAUAUAAUGUGUUUUUCUGGCAAUAAUUAUCUUGCGAUUAAAGUUGCUAAUUUUUCUGAAUAUCGACAGAAAUUUUCAGGAUUCGUUGUUGGUCACAAUGGUUCUAAAUUGUAUUGUUUAAAUGGUUCAGCUGUUAUUAUCUUAGAGGUACCACUUUCAUUGUUCAUGUAUCAAUACUUAGACAUUGGAUUAUUUAAAGAAGCUUAUGAAGUAGCUUGUCUUGGUGUUGCUGAAUCAGAUUGGCGAGCAUUAGGUGUUGCUGCAUUGGAUAAUUUAGAAUUAAAUAUAGCUUAUUCUGCUUUUGCUCGUAUUAAAAAUUUACGAUACAUUGAAGUAGUAUCUGAGGUAGAAGAAAAAUUAAAAUCAGGUGAAUGGGGUAAAGAAGCGUGUAUGGCUAUAGCUGCUGCAGCUAUGGGUAGAUUAAAAGAUGCAGCUAAAUUGUAUCAAAAAGCUGGUUUGCAACAGUAUGCUAGAGACAUGUAUUCUGAUUUACGUAUGUUUGAUAUUGCUCAAGAAUUUAUAGCAAGUGGUAAUACUCAGGAUCGUACCAUUUUGUUACGUCGACGUGCAGAAUGGGCUAAAAGUUUAGGUGAACCACGUGCAGCUGCUGAAAUGUUCUUUUCAGCUGGUGAUACACAACGUGCUAUUAAUAUCAUUGCUGAAUAUGGUUGGAUUGAUAUGCUUAUCAAAGUUGGUAGACAAUUGGACAAAUCUGACAGAGAUAAUUUAUCUCUGAUCGCUAAGAUAUUGAAACAAUUGGGUGCUACUCAUGGAGCAGCUGAGAUUUUUAGUAGAUUGGGUGAUGAUCCUGACGUAGCUGAUGUACUUGUCGAUGCACAAGCUUGGCCUGAAGCUUUUGAACUUGCUGAAAGAAAUCCUAAAUUAAAAUCACGAAUAUAUGGACCAUAUGCUAGAUGGUUGGCAGAAACUGGUCGUUUUUCGGAAGCACAAGAAGCUUUUCAAAUGGCUGGUCAACCUGAAGAAUCGGUUAGCGUAUUAACGAGCUUGGCUGACAAUGCCAUUGCUGAAAAAAGAUACCGUGAUGCUUGUUACUUUUAUUGGCUUUUAUCUCAGCUUAGUCUUAAUUUGUCAAAAAAUACAGAAGAAAUAAAAGCUAUGUAUUUGUCAUAUUACAAUAAAGCUGACAUUUAUUAUGCGUAUCAUGAGAUACACAAAUAUUUGGAGGAACCAUUUACAUCUUUAAUGCCAGAAGCAUUAUUUAAUAUAUCAAGAUAUUUAUUAUUAAAAACCCAAGGCAUUCAAUUAGAAGGUGUAUCCAAAUUAAAAAUAAUGUACACUUUAAUCAAACAAGCUCGUUUGUUGGGUGCCAACAAAUUAGUUAUGCAAUUACUCGAACAAUUGCGUUCAAUGAAAAUUUCGAAAAACCUUCUUGCAGAAGUUGAAACUUCAACUUUAGCUGCUAGAGCUUAUCCAUACAGAGAUCCUGAAGAAUUAUUACCAUUAUGUUACAAAUGUUCAACGUUCAAUCCACUUUUACCGAUAGAUAACAAUAUUGGUAGCAAAUGUAUACAAUGUGGCCUUAAAUUUCAACAUUCAUUUGUUAUGUUUGAAAUUCUACCAUUAGUUGAAUUUGAGUUAGAGGAAGGUAUUACCGAUCAAGAAGCAGAAAAAUUAAUAGAAGAAUCAUUGUCAUUAUCGAAUACGUCAACUACUGAAGAUCAACUUACUGUAUUUCCUAACGAAACAGAUCUUUUUACAGCACGUUUAAUAAAAUACGAGGAGAAAACAGAUGAUUCCACAGUUAUUGUUGGACGAAGUGUAUUGAAAAGUAUGGAUCCAUCAUCGGUUUUAAUAGUCAAAUGGCCAAAACCAUUUAAGACAAAAUAUUUUAGAAAUCUUUUGCCUGAUCUUCAAGUAGUAUUAUGUAAAUCUUGUUUGAAAGUAAGUAACAUGUUAACACUUUGCACUCGAGUAACGCUGAUACGGCGUCUGGCAGAUUUAAAUGGCAACUCGAGUGGCGCUGAUACGGCGCCCGACUGAUUUCAAGUUUGCUUAUUUACCAUGUCUGAUAAGAUAUCUCUUUUAAGAUACACUUAAAGAUAAUAUUUAAAGUCUCGAGUUGCUGAUUAGCGCAAAUGAAAAAGGACCUCGAGUGCAAAGGAUUCAAUUAUUUAACACAUGUAACGUGUAACAUUUUUAUAAAUAAUAAUAAUAAUAAUAAUUAUCAA